AUGAAAAGCCAUCCAUAUUUGUCUGCGACGCUUUCGGUAUGUUCAUCAGCAACUAACCGUUUAAGGCUGCUGGUGUCUAUUUUGCUGUUGCGGCGUUACCGCGGCAUCUUCGACCUGGAACCAGAGGACCAGAAGUUGAUGUACUAUUCAGAGGAUAUAUAUAACCACGAGCAGUCAGCCUUCUACUUGUCCUUCUACUACGAUGUUGUCGAUGCACCCAGUUGGGCAGCGGUGUGGAACGCCCUAACUCAUGACGACCGCACGGAGUACCCUGAAAUCGUCGUCGCUUUCAAGCGGCUCAAUAUAGUGCAGGCUUCGUGUGCAGAAAUCAUCCUAGGAUCGUUUUAUCGUCUCUGCAACCUGCGAUAUAUAUUUUCGAAUCCGUUCAACUUCUAUGCAUUUGCAGUGCUCGUCUUAAAUGCAGGUGGCGUCGCGCUCUUGUUUUUGUUGGCCUGCAAGAUAGGGAAAUCCAGGUGGGCCGGUGUCCUCUUCUUUGGGCUCUAUUUGUCUAACUUCUACGAGAAGUUGAUCAGUCGUAUUUCCGCCCUCCCGCUGCGUGAGAACUUCGCGCUUCCUGCACUAUGGGCGUCGUUGUUGUGCAUCCGCCACAUUUUGGCGCACCGACGCCGUGUGAGUCGCCAUUACACCUUCCUAUUCGUCGCGUACACGUGGAUGAUCUUGACGUGGCAGCUGUCUUUGCACAUAUUGGCUACUCAGUUGGGUUGCUUAUUUUUGUUGAAUCUGUUCAAUGCCGUAACGGAUGCAGAAAUGAAACGUAUAAGCGUGGUAGCGCUAGGAUCCCUCACGUUUUCGUGGCUGCUUAUGCUGUGCCCCUCUUUCUUGCUUACGUCGGUCAUGUUCACGGGUUGUCUGGCUGUAUUUAUCUCAAUGCAUGCAAUUCAGCCCGAUGGCAUCUGCUCCCAACGUUUUAGGGUCUAUACUGCAUUCCAGAAGGUCAUGCUUUCGCUGACAAUAUUCGUGUUUGCGAAUGCUUUAAUUGCUCUCACUAGUCGCCAUGAUGGCCACAUAAAUGAGAUUUUGUUAUCCAAGUUGGGUCUGUCUAGGCCAACGUUCGACUCACAGAUUUACUUGAUGGGGGCGGAGUUCCGAACCAUUUCUGCGGGCGUGUUGCAGCGCAUAGCCAGUACGCGACUGUUCCACUACGCGGCAGCGUCGUUAAUGAUUCUCAUGCUGCUUUCGUGCAAGGGUGACCGGUCUAUUCGUGGCUUUCAAGGGCGUUUCAACUAUUACCUAGGUAUUCAGCUGGUGGUGUUCGCGUCCAUGGCUACGAUGGUGUCGCGCCUACGGGUUCUGGCGCUUCCUUUGAUGUGCGUGUUUUCGGGCUAUUCCAUGCUGCUCCUCCGCCUGCCUCGCGUCAAAACUUCCAACUGGAUAACAAUGUUGAUGAUUUCCCUCGCCUUGGCUCCUUAUUUCACCACGAUGCCCGUGCAAGAAAUGCGCACUCCUCCUGUUGGGGAGCUUUACAACAGAGAUGACCUGAAGGACCUCGUCCAAUGGGUAAACCACCAUCUCGAAUCAGGAACUCCAAUACUAUCUGACAUGCCCACGUCGAGUGCGUUACGAGCGGCUUCAAGCGCACGCAUAGUUCUCAAUCCGCAGUACGAGUACACGCCGCUGCGCCGGAAGACCCAUUUCUUCUAUACGUUGGGCGACUGCAACGACGCCCGCUGGUUCGGGGAGACGCUACGUGGGCGCUAUAAAACGGAUGUGGUUAUUGUGCCGAUGAAAUUUUGCACCAUUCCUCGUGACAAGGGCCCUUACGGGGUGCAGAAGUUGCUGUCCCUCAACCCAUUGGGCACCUGCCCAUCUGGCGCCCCGUAUUACCGCCGUUUGUGCAACCGCUUAUGGGCGGGUAGCAGUCAUUUCGAGCUGCUGUUUUCCAACAGCCGCUAUUUGGCGUUCCGCUAUAAGGGGCCGUCUGAAGUCGCUGAGGAGCGCCCCUGGGAAGUAAUGCAUCGGUUGGACCACUAUAAGCCGUGGAUUGAGAAGCACGCAGUUUUGGACAACGUGCUAGGUCCUAGACAAAUCGUCUCCACCGCUCGUGCUCUGAGCACUCAUUUUAAUUCCCCCGUGGUGCUACCUCUGCUCAGAUACGGCCUUGAAAUGUUCCCUGGCAAUGAAGACAUGCUAAGGAUGUACGCCGAAACCGCGGAUUACGAUUUGGCCAUGUUCGAUGAGGCCAAAAAGUACUACGAAAUUGUAUUCGAGUCGAUGGGAUCCCGAUGUCACAACCCGGAGGACCUGACGUUCUACGCGAUGUACUUGAGUCACAUGGUGGAGACCGGCACGGGUGAGGAUUCCGAGAUAAUGGGCGUCAUUGAGGCCAGCAAAAAGUGCCUCGGUUUGACAUUUCCUCGGCUGUAUGCUCAUCAGCUGUGUGAACACGCGGUGGUAGUGCUAAAGGCGUUCAAAAAUAAGCUCGGCGCGCCGCAACCGAGCGUGCAGAGGGCGGCCGUCAGCUUCUUCAAUUUGUCAAAGGACGUAAACCACCAAAACGAGUGUUUUUUGCGGAAUUAUUCCAUUUUUAAUGCAGUGGACCUGACCGCGGUAGACCUGCUCAUCAUGUUCCUGACGGGUCGAUAA